UAGACUGGUAGUCCUAAUGUCUGUUAUGGGAGAAGCAGCAUGACCGGAAGUUCAAAAAGAUGCAGCUUCUUGGCUUUUCUCCUGUUAGCCUUCACCCUCAACACCUGGUAGCCGAAAUAUGAACAAAGUAGGGAGAAAGUAGGGAAACAUUUUUAAAAAGCCACUAAAAAACAGACCUAAUACUGCACAAAACUCUCACAACUCUCCUCCACAGGAGUCGUUCCCUUCGUCCUGUCUGUCCCUCGUAAGUAUUAUCUGAUCCAACAGGGAAAAACAUGGACUGAUGCUCAGGCUUACUGCCGAGCCACGCAUACCGACCUGGCCACCAUUGAAACCACCAAAAACAUGAUUCGAAUUCAGUUUGUAGCACAGAGUGCAAAUUUCAGAUCCAGCGCUUGGAUUGGUCUUUACAACGAUGUCAACAGCUGGCGCUGGUCGAUGGGUAAUGCGCCACUAGGAAGUUUGAGAAUGUGGUCUUCCCCUAAUCCUGACAACUGGCAUUCAGAAGAAUACUGUGCUGGGACAAGCCCAUGGGGCUGGAAUGACGCAUCAUGUACAAUACUGUUUCCUUUUGUCUGCUUUGAUGACACUAAAGCUGGCACCAACAAGUACAUUUACUACUCUAGUCUACAGACUUGGCCUGAUGCUCAGAGCUACUGCAGACAGCAUCACACAGACCUGGCCAGUGUGAGAAACGAAACAGAGAACUCUAUUAUAUACGCAAUGGUCUAUGGGGAAACUUGGUUCGGUCUGUUCAGAGACUCCUGGAAGUGGUCAGACAAGACCAACUUCACUACCAUUACACAGAUACCUGGACAACUAGAUAACGCCAUGGGAAAUGAAAAUUGUGUUUCUCUAACUAAUGGCCAGGCAGCUGAUGAGCCAUGCUCAUACAUAAAACCUUUCUUCUGUUACUCAGUAAUCACAGGACAAAAACAGAUCAUAAGGGUGAAGGUCCAGUCCAAUCAGGAUGUGAAUGAUCCUGCAGUAAAGGUGGUCGUCUUGGAUAAGAUUAGGCAAAAACUCAAUGGGUACGUCACAGUGAAAUGGAGAGAGCAACCAGAUGGACUGGUGUUUAACAAGAUUAAAGAAGAUACUCCGCUACUCCUGAGAUGCCAGUGAUCCUGACCCCUUCUGCUCUCCAGACGUGCCUGAUCCAUCCUAAUGCCCUACUUCUGCUUGGAGUUCUUGUCACUUGGAAAUCACUUGCUGUUGCUGAGGAUGGCCCACAUGGACAGCCUGAAGAUACAUGAGAUUACUGAGGAUGGUGCCACUUAAAAACCAUGAAGAUGGCUCUGGACUUCAACUGAUAUGAACAGUCUUGCUAUGAUAGCUUUAGGACUGCAAUUACCACAUGCAGUUUUGCACUCAGGUCUCCAUCAGUGAACAGUUGAUAACUUCAACAAAAUAGGCUUCAUGUGAAAACUGUGAUGAAUUUACUGGUUCCACAAUUACUAUAUUUAUUAUAUUAUUACUCUGCACUAUUUGUCCAUGUUGUACACAGUUAUAGAAGGGAAUGAAUUAUAAUCACUAUCCGUGUCACCCAGAUGAGGAUGGUUCCUCUCAAGGUUUCUUCCUUCUUUCUCUCAUCUCAGGGAGUUUUUCAUCACCACCGUCACCUCUGGCUCGCUCAUUAGGGAUAAAUUUAUAAAUUUAUAUCUUGAGUUUAGAUAUGUCUGUAAAGCUGCUUUGUGAAAAUGUCCAUUGUUAAAAGUGCUACACAAAUAAAAUUGAAUUGAACUGAACUGAUGUCUUGUUCAGGAGGAACCUAAUUAAAAUUUUAAACUGGGAGAACAAACAUGUGCAAAUGCGACUCUCAGCCUGCUGCACUGACCUUCCACUUUUUUGCAUGUUUCUCCCUAAAAUGCAUAUGGAUGAGGAAGAAAAGUGCACAUUGCAUGUUGC